AUGCCUGAGCGUAUUAGCCAUGUAGGAGACUCAGAUAUUCAACAGGAUAUUCAGAGUAAAGUUCUGAUAAAAGAGAGGCCUAAUCUUCAGCAGGUUGAUCAGGUUAACAACUCUGGUAAGUUCAAUUCCAAGGUUUCAGGUAAUCCUGUGCAUGUUGUGCACAACCAGUCUGUGCAUGAUGAGUACAAUAAGACUCCUGAUACUGAGGUAAACAAAGUGAUAGAAAGCAACAGAUCUCAUCAAUUCAAAACUGCUGAUGGGCUCGGUGGAAUUCUUGGAACUGUACCUGUGCAAGUGGUGCAUGUUUCUGAUACUGAAUCUGGAUUAAAUAAAUCCUCUAAGCAACAGUUGGUAAAACACCACAUGUUGCAAUAUCAUGUUUCCUUUCUUUCUCUCCUGGAAACCAAGACUAAGGGCACAUUGUUACCUGUUGUGGCAAAGAAAAUAGCAAAUUGUUGGAGUUGGAUUUCUAAUGUUAGGGUGCCUGGUAAAGCCAGAAUUUUUAUACUAUGGGAUACAAAAAUCUUGGAUGCUCAAGUCAUAGCUUCAUCUGAUCAGCAUAUAACCUGCUUAGUAAAAUCCUUGGAUGGGUUAAUGGAAUGUGUCAUAUCUUCUGUAUAUGGACAUAAUCAUCUGGAAGACAGGAAGGCAUUGUGGGCAGAUCUCAUUCAGAUUAAUCAUAAUAUUGGUAAUGCUCCUUGGCUACUAUGUGGGGACUUUAAUGCUAUGAUUAAUUGUGAUGAAAAGCUAGGAGGAUCUGCAUUAACUGAAGCUGAUACAUGUGACUUCAAGGAUUUUAUUACAAAUUGUAAUCUCAAUCAUCUUAAGACCUCUGGCUGCUUCUACACUUGGAAUAACAAGCAAAGCUUUGAUUCUAGAGUUUGGUGUAGGCUUGAUAGGGCUUUGGUUAAUGAUGCUUGGAUUCAUUUAUUCAACUCUAGCCAUGUGGAAUUUCUUCUCCCAAAUUGUUCAGAUCAUUCUCCAGCUCUUGUCUCUAUAUAUGAUGAUCAGAUACAGUGUAAAAAACCUUUCAAGUUUUUCAAUAUGUGGAUUAAGCAUCCAAGUUUCUCUACCACAGUUUCUAAUGUCUGGCAAGGAAAUAUUAAGGGAUUCACUAUGUAUUCAGUGUACUCUAAACUGAAAAUGCUGAAGAUUGCUCUUAAGGGAUUAAAUAAGAAACAUUUCCAUAACAUUAGUGAGCAAGUCCAAAGGGCCAGAAUUGCUCUGGAGAAUGUUCAGGAAAAUCUUCAAAAAUCCUCCUUUGAUCCUGUUCUUAUUAAACAAGAGAAAGAAUGUCUGGUUACUCUUAACAGGCUUAUGGAUUGUGAACUUUCUUUCUUCCAGCAAAAAGCUAGGAUUAAUUGGAAUUUGCAAGGUGAUAGGUGCUCCAGUUUUUUUCAUGCUCUGGCUAAAACAAAAAGGCACCAUAACAGAAUUGUGGUUCUAUACAACAGUAGAGGUGAUAAGAUUACUGAUGGUGAUGGCAUAGCUGAUGAAUUGGUGGCUUUUUAUAAAAGCUUAAUGGGUACUGCUUUAGUCACUGCUCCUCCUGACAUGAAUAUCAUCAAGUCUGGGUAUUGUUUAAAUGAAACUCAAGAAAAAUACCUAUCUAGACCAGUCACUAAAGAAGAAAUCAAAGCGGCAAUAUUCUCCAUGUCAGAGUUUAAGGCACCUGGACCUGAUGGGUUUAAUGUGUCUUUCUUUAAAGCUGCUUGA